AGUUAGUGUGGUUUUACAGUGACGCUUUCGCCAGCGCAGUUGGUAAGCGUCGCGGGCCACGAGCUUUGCGUCUCAUGGAUCAUUACAUAGUCACGCGGAUGGCCCGCGUUGACGGCAAUUCAGCCGCGCUUUUCAACCGCGUGCGGGCGAGGAGUCAUUGUGUUCAGUGUGCGUUGCACAGUCUCGCCGGUCGGACGCGCGCAUGCGUACCGUCGUCGCCAAAAUGAAUGCGAAUUAUAUCGAUACGGGUCGAUUGAUUGAAGAAGUUCGCUUUCGACCGUUGCUGUGGGAUCCAUCGAACGAAUUAUACAAAAACAAAGACGCAAAAAAUAAGGCUUGGGAAGAAGUUGGAGAAGCAAUCUUUGGAGAAAAUUACAUAAAGAAAGACAAAGAUAAGCUUUUACGUCAAAGAUGGAAAUCUGCAAGAGAUGGAUAUUUCAAAACCAAAGCUAAUAUGAAAAAAGCACCAUCUGGUAGCGGGGCAAAAACCGUUACAAAAUACAUUUAUUUCAAAGAAUUAAACUUUCUUGAUCGUAUCACUGAAAACGAAGUUUCAGAAUCUAUGUACAACAUUAAUGAACAAUCAAGUUCAUCUGAAACAAUAGCUCACGUAGUAAAUAACGACGAAAUUUCUGGCUCUUCUCAAAACAGUUCUACUCCGGUGGCUGACCAAGAUAAACCAACAUGGACUCGGAAGAGGAAACAUGAACGGGUACAAGAGAACUCCGCGUUUGAGAAAAAGUUGGUAGAUUUGUUAGACAAAAAUAUGCCAGACAUAAGCUCUGACGAUUUGUCAUUUUUUAAUUCUCUAGGUCCAAUACUAAAAUCUUUUAACAGUUAUAAAAAACUAUUAUUUCGUUCCAAAGUAUUGCAAAUCGCCAUGGAUCUCUCCGCGCCAACUUCAAGUGGCACUACGUCGACGUCCAACAUCUUGUCACCAGAACAUAACUCAAAUUCUACUACAACAUCAACAACCAAUCAUUCUAAUGAUACUACUACGCAACGAGGUUAUCAAUCAGCAAGUCAAUAUUACACCGUCAUGUCACCAGAAAAUGAUUCUAAUUCUUCUGUAAUGUGUGCAACCAAUUCAUCAUAUUUUUCAAACCAAACGCUACCAGUCAACGAAUCAAUGUCUAGUACCACCACUCAGCAAGGCUAUCAAACAGCAAAUCAAUAUGAUCCUCAUUCAACAGUCAAUAAUUCUGUUCAGCAAAGCUGUGAAGAAAUACAGCACUUUCCAAAUAUUGCAUCAGAAAACGACAAUUUCUAUUAAUUACAUUUCAACGAGUUUUGUUUUUUUGAUUGUUUAAAUUUUCUAAAUAAAGUAAUUACUAAAAAUUAAAUAGUAUUUUUCAUGCCACUUACCUUAAGGUAAUCGCCAACUUUUCAACUGGUUCUAUAGGUGCUCGACGUAAACUUGAUCUUUUUAAAUUAUGUUCUAUCUUGCAGAGUAAUUCAUUAAAUGUUGUUAUAGACAGACGAAAAUGUUUAAAGAACUUGUCACUAUGUUCUCUUAAAUCCGCAAACGAUGUAGAGAACGCGCCUCUCAGCAAUCUAGUGGCAUUGUAAGGAUGUACUUGUAUACGUCGUCGUCGUUGCCUUUUUUUCCAUAAGUAAUAUAGUAUAAUAAAUACGAGAAGUCUCAUCACGACUGUAUGAGCCGGCAAACCGAUCACGACUGUACGAGGCGGCUAACCGCGCGACUAGCUUUAAACUAGUUUUAUAGUUUCGAGCGGGUCAUCCGCGCGCUUACCACCCGCGCGGACAGUAAGCGUCACUGUAAAACCACACU